AUGGCUUUCAGGUCAAAGGCCGGUGUGUGGAUGGCAGGGUCCUGGCUGUGCCCGUGCAAGGUGAGAGCCCUGGGCACCAGUGCAGCUCUGUGUGCCAAGGCAGUGCUGCCCUUUGAAGCCAUACCCCAGUGUGCAGGCAACAAGUGGCUGAGGGUGCUACAGAUCUGGAAGGAGCGGGGCCAGGAGAACAUGCACCUGCAGAUGCACCGGGCUUUCCAGGAGUUGGGACCCAUUUUCAGGUAUGACUUGGGAAGAACACAGAUAGUAUCUGUGAUGCUGCCUGAAGAUGCUGAGAAGCUGCAUCUGAUGGAGAGCCUGCAGCCCUGGCGGAGGCCACCGGAGCCCUGGAUGGUCUACAGAGAGCACCGUGGACAGAAGCCCCUGGGUGUAUUCUUGCUGAAUGGAGCUGAAUGGAGAUUCAACCGGCUGCGGCUGAAUCCAGUCGUGUUGUCAGGAAAGGCCGCGCAGAAGUUCAUCCCCAUGGUGGACGUGGUGGCAAGAGACUUCUCCGAGGCCCUGAAGAAGAAGGCGCUGCAGAAUUCCCGGGGGAGCCUGACCCUGGAGGCCCAGACUAGCAUCUUCCACUAUACCAUCGAAGCCAGCAACUUCGCUCUUUUUGGAGAGCGGCUGGGCCUCUUUGGCCCACACCAGAACGCUGGCAGCCUGAAGUUCAUUCAUGCACUGGAGGCCAUGUUCCAGUCCACUGCUCAGCUCAUGUUCCUGCCCAGGAGCCUGUCCCGCUGGAUGAGCUCCCAGGUGUGGCAGGAACACUUUCAGGCCUGGGACUACAUCUCUGAGUAUGCCAACACCUGCAUCCAGAAGGUGCAUCAGGAGUUUGUCCGUGGUUGCCCUGAGGCUGUCGGCAGUAUCACAUUCAACCUGAUCUUGCAAGGGGACUUCUCACUAGAUGCCAUCAAGGCCAACGUUAUUGACCUCACAGCAGGGAGUGUAGACACGACAGCCUUCCCCUUGGUGAUGACGCUCUUUGAGCUGGCUCGGAACCCCAAUGUGCAGGAGGCCCUACGCCAGGAGAGCCUGGCAGCAGAGGCCAGCAUCUCUGCAAACCCCCAGAGGGCCCCCUCAGAGCUGCCCCUGCUGCGGGCUGCCCUCAAGGAGACCUUGCGGCUCUACCCUGUAGGAAGCAUUUUGGAGCGAAUCACAAGCUCAGAUCUGGUGCUUCAGAACUACCACAUCCCAGCUGGGACCUUGGUCCACAUGCAUCUGUACCCAAUGGGCCGAAACCCUGCGCUGUUCCCGAAUCCUGAGCGCUACAUCCCCCAACGCUGGCUGGACAGCCAACUGCACUUCCGCCAUCUGGCCUUUGGCUUCGGGGUGCGCCAGUGUCUGGGCCGGCGCUUGGCAGAGGUGGAGAUGCUGCUUCUGCUGCACCACGUGCUGAAAUCCUUCCAGGUGGAGACACUAGUCCAAGAGGAUGUGAAGAUGGUGUACCACUUUGUUUUGAGACCCGCCUCCUCUCCCCUCCUCACUUUUCGGCCUGUCAACUAG